UCUUUCUAAUCAAUUAAGACUGUCCAUACACUUGCAAAUAGGCCUAUACAUGUUUUCGUACUCCACUUUCUUUGAACUCCAUAAACUAAAACCCAUCCUUCCCUAAAACAAAUAGCAACUUGUUUAUCCUUAAUCUCCCAAUCAACUCCUCCCUCAUAAGUCAUAACACCAAAAUUUGAUCACAUUUUUGCUACCUAUCUUGCUGUGCUGUGGUAGCUUCUUUGAUGUAGUCAAUCAUCUUGUGCUCAAUUGCAUUGCCUUUAGGUGACACCUCCAUCUCAAGCUGUGGUGAAUUAACCAUACAAACUAUCCAAUUUUACCCAAGCUUGAUUGGUUGCAAGUGAAUCCCUGAACUGAAUUACAAUGGCUGAGGAAGAUGUUUACACAAAAGAUGGAACAGUAGAUUACCGUGGAAAUCGUGCUAACAAAAAGGAAACUGGAACUUGGAGAGCCUGCCCCUUUAUUUUAGGAAAUGAAUGUUGUGAGAGAUUGGCUUACUAUGGGAUGAGCACAAAUCUUGUGACUUAUUUCAAUACUAAACUAAAUCAGUCUGGUCCUACUGCUUCCAAGAAUAAUGCAAAUUGGGGUGGAACAUGCUACAUCACUCCGUUGAUUGGAGCAUUUGUGGCUGAUGCCUAUCUUGGAAGAUAUCUUACCAUCCUUUGUUUUUCCAUAGUUUAUGUUAUUGGAAUGACACUCUUGACACUGUCUGCUUCAGUUCCAGGCAUAAAACCUAGUUGUGAUGAUCAAGGUAAUUGCCAUGCUACUCAGGCACAGAGUGCAGUGUGCUUUGUGGCUCUAUACCUUAUAGCUCUUGGCACUGGUGGGAUCAAGCCUUGUGUAUCAUCAUUUGGUGCAGAUCAAUUUGAUGAUGCUGAUGAAGCUGAGAAGGAGCACAAGAGCUCUUUUUUCAAUUGGUUCUACUUGUCAAUAAAUAUUGGUGCUCUUAUUGCUGCUUCUGUGUUGGUGUGGGUACAAACCAAUGUCAGUUGGGGAUGGGGAUUUGGAAUUCCAGCAGUGGCCAUGGCAAUUGCUGUGGUGAGUUUCUUCUCGGGUACGAGGUUGUAUCGGAAUCAGAAGCCAGGAGGUAGCCCCCUCACUCGCAUGUGUCAGGUCAUAGUGGCAUCCAUAAGAAAGAGUGAUGUUCAAGUUCCUAAUGAUAAGUCUGGCUUAUAUGAGAUAGAAGAAGAUUCAGAGUCAGCUAUUGAAGGAAGCCGGAAGCUUGAUCACACAAAUGGAUUAAGAUUCUUAGACAAAGCAGCAGUUCUAGGAGAUUCAGACAAUGUGAAGGACCCGGUAAACCCAUGGAGACUUUGCACUGUGACUCAAGUGGAAGAGCUGAAAGCCAUUAUAAGAUUGCUUCCUAUUUGGGCCACUGGCAUCAUAUUUUCUACUGUUUAUAGUCAAAUGGGAAGCUACUUUAUACUGCAAGGUGACACCAUGAACAACCGUGUGGGCAACAUAAAGUUACACAUCUCACCUGCCACUCUUUCUGUCUUUGAUACCAUCAGUGUCAUCUUUUGGGUGCCAGUGUAUGACAGGAUCAUUGUGCCAGUAGCAAGAAAAUUCACCGGCCGCAAAAAUGGCAUAACUCAGCUCCAAAGAAUGGGCAUUGGCCUUUUCAUAUCCAUAUUUGCUAUGGUGUAUUCAGUAAUCUUGGAGAGCAUGAGACUUAAAAUGGUUAGAAGACACAAUUACUAUGACCGUGAGCAGGUCCCCAUGUCACUUUAUUUGCAGAUUCCACCAUAUUUUAUCAUAGGUUGUGCUGAAGUGUUCACUUUCAUUGGUCAGUUGGAGUUCUUCUAUGAGCAAGCACCUGAUGCCAUGAGAAGCACAUGUUCUGCUCUCCAACUCCUCACUGUUUCAUUUGGAUCCUACUUGAGUUCUUUGCUUAUAACAAUUGUGACUAAGGUCACUACUAGGAAUGGUGGCCCUGGAUGGCUACCUGACAAACUAAACUAUGGUCACCUUGAUUAUUUUUUCUUGCUGUUGACAGUGUUAAGUGUGCUGAAUUUUGUUGCGUUCCUUCAGGUGUCAAAGUUGUAUUCAUAUAAAAAUUCGGUUGGAACUCUUCACUGAAAAGUGGGUUAAGUUGGACAAAGGAUGUUCAAAUUAUGCAGUUUCUAUGUGCCCUUUUUUAGUGUCUUGUUAUGUAAGUUUAUGUUCUGGUGCAUGCAACAAGGUCGCAACAUAUGUACAGCAAGUUGCACAUUAGAAAGUCUUAUUUCUCUAUGCUUUGUUUUCCACCUUGUAUUACACUUUAUACCAUCAACUAUGGUCAAAAUCAAUGUAUAAAGCCCUUGUUAUUUGUGCCUACA